AGUCGAAAAUGAGAAUGAGAGUGAAAAUGAAGAAUUUGAAAAAGAAAUUGUUUGUGCAAAGGAGAAAGAGUGUCAAAUUUCAAUUUGCACUAACAACCUUAACCAUUCUUCUUCUAUUUUUGGAUCUUCAUUGUUGCAGGAGGACAAGACGAGUACUUCCAGAAACAUGAUAAACACAUCGCCAACCCUAUUGAUGAUCGAGCAUCGUCCAUGCUCUAGCAAUGUUUCAAAGAAGGACUUAAUGAAAAUUUCUAUUCCCAAGGAACUGGUACCCAAUGAUAUCAUCAAGUAUCAUCCAAGGUUUAAUCUUUCUAACUCUUUUGUUAUUGAUUUACCUACUAACUUUUAUUUACUAUUUGGAGGGACGAUACAAAAACGUGGAAUUGAUGUAUUGAGUUGCGAGGAUAAGUAUCUUUGCAAUCUUGAUAAGAAAUUGCCACUCUCCAAUUUGCAAAUAAACGAUUUGAAGGAAAAGCUAUCCCACCAUCCUCAUGAUGAUUCAAGGAAAUAUGAAGUUACCAAAUAUGAAGUCAAGAGGUUGACCAUUGGAGAAAGGUAUGAGGAUUCCAUCCAUCCUACAUCAAGAAGGUCUUCAAUGAGAAAUCAUUUCGAUUUGAGGACAAAUCGCCAAAAAGAAAGGGAGGAUGAUGUGAGCACGUUUAGGGCCGGUUUUCUCCAUGACGAAAACCCCUCAAGGACGUUCUACCUUAUUAACUCUAAGGGAGGAACACAAAGCUCAUGCUCCAUACUGGACAGUUUUUGAGGAGUUCUUUAACAUAUCUUCAUGGCCCAAGACACGGCAAUAAUGGUAUUAGAAUAUGGAACAAGUUGAACAGCAUUUUGGAAGCAUUGUCAAAGCAUUUCCACGAUUAAUAGAUGAUGGAGCAAGGAGUAUUAAAUGGCAGCAUGAUAAGCACUAAAGGGGACAUGAAUAAAA